UAAAGCAACACAAACCACAGAAGAUUGAAUUAGUGAUAUAAAAGUAUUUUGUUGUUAUAUAAACAGAAAAGAAACGAGAGCGUUCUGAAGUUUUGGGGAAGAAACUCAUAAUCCACUAAAUAAACAUGUAUGUGCAUAAGAUAUUAAUAUAUUAAUAAUUUUACUGACAAAAUCAACAAGCACAAUCAAAUCCUCAUACUGCAUUUUAUUCACUUAAACUCACGCUUUUCAUCUAUUCAUUCAGAAAUAAGAGAUGGACUAGAGCUGGUUAAAUAAAGAUGUAUUAGUUAUUUGUGUGUGUGUGUGUGUGUGUGUGUGUGUUUGUCAGUAGGUUCACUAUACAUAGAUGCAUUCAAUGCUAGAAAUGUCAUAUUAGGGUAUUGUUUUUACUAUAUACAGCAUUACACAGUUGCCUUUCAUUGUUCAUUGUCCAAAACCAACUGCAGCCUCCACGGUAUGCAGUAGAUUAUUAUCUGCGCUUCAGCCCUUUAACCACCAGAUGUCACUAGUUUGCACACUCUCGAAAAAGCUUCGACUAAUAAUGAAUUAUUUUCCGAAACAGUCCGGAGUUCCAAUGCUUCACAAAGCGUCAGUUUGCCAUCGCUGCUUUAUUAAUCGAUUCGACUUUUCCACGCAGAUAAAAAAAGGCCCCAUCGCAAGCAGAUUGAGGUCGCUGUACGCUGACACACUGAUAUAUUUUACACAGACGCUCCCUGGAAGUUGUACCAGCUGACUGAGCAGAUCACGUGACUGGACACAGUCACGCUACUAGCAGGAAACAACCUAACCGGGAACAGGCUUGUUGUGGAGUGAAAUGAUCAGAAGUCAGGGUUUUGUUAACACAAUGUCCAGUUAUUGUACAUGUAUAUAUUUUUGCAUAAUAUUUUAAGCUACUUAAGUGAUAAUAUUUGACCGCUGCUGGUCUCGACCUUGUGUGACACUGCAUGCAGGAUCUCCAUAGUGAAGCUUCAGAGUGCUGAGUCAGUUUAUAGCAAACACAGCCAAGCAGCACAGCCAUGGCUUCAGAUAUCAACUAUCAGGACGGACCAGUGUUUUCCCAAAUAAACGAGAGCCCAGAAGAUAAUGAUGAUGAUGAACCCAUCCACCCGAACAGUCCUUCCCGCAGGCAGAGCGAGUACGAGCGAAUUGGGGGCAGAGCUGGAUCCUCUUUCUUACAGAUAUUAAUUCAUUUACUGAAAGGAAACAUCGGUACAGGACUGCUCGGCUUGCCUCUAGCUGUGAAGAACGCAGGGCUCGUGUUGGGCCCUCUGAGUCUGCUGGUGAUGGGCAUUGUGGCUGUACAUUGCAUGCACAUCCUUGUGAACUGUUCGCAUCAUCUAAGCACAAAGUUAGGAAAGCCAUUUCUGUCCUAUGGAGAGGCAGUGGAAUAUGGGAUGGAGAAUGUGUCUUGGUUAAGAAGGCAUUCUAUAUGGGGAAGACGUCUGGUAAAUUUGUUCCUGAUCAUCACUCAGCUGGGCUUCUGCUGCGUGUACUUUGUAUUCCUGAGUGACAAUUUUAAACAGGUAAUUGAGGCAGCCAAUGGGACCACAAUGAACUGCAACACUAAUGAGACGGCAGUGAUUGUUCCCAGCUUUGACUCUCGCAUCUACAUGGUUAUCUUCCUCCCCUUCAUCAUUGCUCUGGUGUUUACUCGCAACCUUAAGUUCCUGACCCCUUUCUCUUUCAUGGCCAACGUGGUCAUGUCUGCCAGCUUGGUGCUCAUCUAUUACUACUGCCUAACGCAUAUUCCACACCCUAUUAACCUUCCAUUGGUUGGAAAACCUGGUGACUACCCUUUAUUCUUUGGAACUGCUAUAUUUGCCUUUGAAGGAAUCGGUGUAGUCCUGCCACUAGAGAACAAAAUGCACAAACCUCAGAACUUCAGCAAAGUGCUGUACUUGGGAAUGGGCAUCGUCACCAUGUUGUACAUCUCCCUCGGCACCAUCGGCUACAUCUGCUUUGGUGCGCGCAUUGGGGGCAGCAUCACACUCAACUUACCCGACUGCUGGAUGUAUCAGAUUGUGAAGCUGCUGUACUCAUUUGGGAUCUACAUCACAUACGCACUGCAGUUCUAUGUGCCAGCCGAAAUUCUGAUUCCCCCAGCAGUGGCACGGGUCAGGCCCAGGUGGGCACUGCUUGUGGACCUCAGCAUCCGUGUGGGCCUCGUCCUCCUUACAUGUGCAUUGGCUAUUCUGAUUCCAGAGCUGGACCUGGUCAUCUCAUUGGUUGGUUCUAUCAGCAGCAGUGCGCUAGCGCUCAUAUUUCCUCCUCUGCUGCAUAUCCUCACCUUCCACACAGAGGGAAUUUUAGUCUGGGUGAUAAUUAAGAACAUUGUCAUCAGCUUUCUUGGCCUGGUGGGCUUCGUAGCAGGGACCUAUGUCUCCAUCAUGGAGAUCAUCAAACGUAGUUAAUGUUAAAUUUAUUGCUCACUGCCAUAGUACAUUUCUCAUUAUGGAUAAUCAGGGGGAAAAUAUUGAGCAGAUGCAAAGUGCAGUUUAAAAUGGUCACUUUGACCUUUUUUUUACGUCACUAUUUGUUUACAGUAUUAUUCGGUCAGUACAUGUCAUGUAAUGUGUGGCGGAUGCAAGUGCAGAUUCACUGAAAUAAAGUGCAAAACAAACAACAGAACCUUGAAAACAAGGAUAUGAACAUAACAAUGGAUACUAGGCAAAAAAACAAAGGCUAAGAACUAGGCUAUGGCAGUAUGACAUGACAUGACAUGACAUGACAUGACAUACACAAGAUAACAACAAAAGCUUGACCAUGAAGUGCAGAAACAGUACAAUUUAUAUAGGGGUGCUAAUGAGGGUGAGACGAGACACUGGUGUGAGUGCUUGGUGAGAGAUGUGACAGGGUCAUGUGACAUGCUAGGGCUGAUGGGUAAUGUUGUCUUGUGCAGAUUUUGUUAUAUAAAAUUCUUAUUAUUUACUUGCAGGGAAUAAUUGCCAUUAUAUUACAAGUUACUUUUUA